AUGGCCGCAACGGCCAGCACCACGCCCGCUGGCCAGCGCGGGCCCAAGCUGCAGGUGGCCGUCGAAAAGGACACGCCGUACACCUUUGAUCUCGGCCUCCUCCUCGCCAACGACGCAAAUCCGGCGACCAUCACGUCCGCCGCCGCCGACAAGGACGCCCACGAGGCCGACCUCGCGGCCGUCGCCCGCGACGGCGCCCAGGCCCUGGUCAACCAGCUGCUCACCACGUGCCGCAUCGAGCGCACCACCGCCGACGGCGUCCUCCUCAACUUGCCGCCCGUCGCCACCGCCCUGCCGCGCGAGAAGCCCGUCCCGGAGCCCAAGCCGCCCACCAAGUGGGAGCAGUUUGCGGCGCGCAAAGGCAUCAAGCCCAAGACCCGCGAGCAGCGCAAGAACCUGCAGUACAACAAGGAGACCAACGCGUGGGAGCGCAAGUGGGGCUACAAGGGCGCAAACAAGUCGGCGGCCGAGACGGACUGGCUGGUCGAGGUCAAGACGUCCGAGUACGGCAAAGACGCCGAGCUGGCGGCCAAGGGCGCGUCGUACCGCGGCGAGGGCCGGCGCGAGCGGAAAGAGCGCAUCAAGCGCAACGAGCGCAAGAUGCGGCGGAACCAGGAGCGGGCAUCACGGACGUGA